AUGACGCGCUCUCUCAAUCAAAUAUCCGUUACACAUUUGACUAGCCGCUACUCGCUCUCCCUCUCUGUUACCCUCUACCGCUCGCAACUACAGUCUACUGCCGGCCUAGGCGGCAUGGCGGAUAGUAGUUCUGCUGUGCGGUUGCUGGAGUUGCAAGAGGAGCUCAAGAAGAUCGAGGGAGAAGAGACCUCUCUCAGAGUGGACAUGCGCUUAGCGUCCUCUGCUGAUCAACUGCACCCCUCCUUGUCCAACCCAGGGGGGAAAGAUUUCUCCUCCUCCAUGGCGCAGCUAGCAGCAGAGAGAGCUGCAAAACUUUCGAGGUUGACGGCGAGGAAGGAACAGCUGGGAAAGAAGAAGAGCGUAUUGGAGAGCGGGGAGGGGGGAGGAAAGGUCUUGCUAGACAUUCUCGACAUCCCGACAAAGGUGGAAGAUGAGCCACAACAGCAAAGAGUGUUGAAAGGCAGCAGGGCGUACAAAGACAGCAUGAAAGCGAUCCAGAGCAUCGAAGAGAACUUCGAGGACAACGCUCGAAGACUGAAGAAAAUGAGGGAAGAACUCAACAAGACGAUUCAGGAGCAGCAGAGCAUUCAGAACAACACUUGGAAGCAACCGAUCGAGGAGGCCUACCAACGAGCGCUCGAAACACAGAUGUCGGAGCUAUCUGAACAAAGACACCAGGAGACACGACAAGAGGUUGAGAAACAAGUGAGGCCGUUCGUUGUUGAUCGCCAGGCUUCAGAGGUCCCCAGAGCAGCAACAAGGACGGAGCAGGUGAAACAGCACACCAACAUUCAGCCAAAGGCGGUCCCGGUGCCUGAUCACAGAGCCGGUGAGUUGCAAGACAAGAACAGAGACAUUCCAGUGGCGCAGCAAGCGAGUGAGGAGUACCUGAGCAGCGGUGGAAACGAUCCAGCGAUCCUGGAGGCGAUAGAGUCGCUGGAGAGGGAAGCGUUGCUUCUGGCUACAGACAUGUACUCGAGGAAGAAGCAUGCUCCGUCAGUUCUUGCCGGAAGGAGUGCUGUAGACGGGAACUUGAAUCGGGACUGGCUGCAAGGGCCUCAGCGCGGUACUGGCAGUGGACAGGAAAUGAGAGAGUUGGAGGUUAUGAUGAAGUUUGCCUCCCUUCCUUUCCCGCACCUUGUUGGAUCCUCAGAAAUUGCUCUCGAUGUUCUGCUGCCCCCCCUGACGGAUUUUGAGAAGAUGUUGCGCGAAGCGGAUCAGCGGAUCAAACAAGCUGUCGAUGAGAGCAUGAGACUCAAGAAGCAGCUGCAGGAGACGGAGAAGGAAUGGCGCACGUUCUCGGCCAAGGAAGCCAAGGGUCAGGAGGCUCCCAAGGGGAGGGCCGGGUUGUCUGAACAGGAGGAGGAGCUUGCUGAGUUGGAGCGCCUGCCCCAGGAUUCAGAGAUCUAUCGACUCCGCAAGGCGCAUCUCAAGGAGAUGAUCAGCCUCCAGUACGAGAUCCAAAGAAUGCAGCAGGAAGCGGAGAGAGAGAAGCUGCAGCUGGAGGUCAGCAACUUGAAGAAGGAGCAGAAGAAGAGGGAGUGGUCCUUCGAGCAAGAGAAGCAGCUGCUGGAAGCCAAGUACCGCAAGCACAUGGCUCGGGAGAAGCCUGUGAAGUCGCUGAUGAAGAAUGCUGAUCUAGAAGUCGACUCCUACAGCUCUGAGGCCGGCUUCGUUAUCUUCGUGGACUACCUGCUGGGCCUCCAGCCCCGGAUCAGUCAAGUGCAGGUUGUAUACGCCUUUUACCAAGGCAGAGACUCCAAGACUCAGCCCAAGUCACUUCCUAUGGCCCCUACGGAGAACUUGUCGAACUCGAUGCACAGCCAGGCUGUGUUUGCGGUGAAGCGUCAGUUCAACAAGGUCUACCCAUCGAUCGACCUACAGGCAGUCCUAGAGGUCCAGGUGAAGCCCCUGUUUGACCUGUCAGGGGAGGUCAAGACUUCGAACUCGGGAAGUGGCCCGCGGACCUUCCCGAUCGGAUGGACGUCACUCGCGCUCUUCAGAGGAGAUCAAAAUCUGAACAACGGGCUGUGGAAGUUGGACAUGUACCAUCCGCCAGUCCGGCCCGAGCUUGAUUCCCGUAUCCUCCGCAAGAGGCUACAGCCGAUCCCGCACCUGACGCUCUUCCUCCGGCUGGUGGACGCCCGCUCCAUCGACUUCCAUGCUGCCUUCGUCGUCAACCCGGACAGCACCAGGAUGCAGUACAAGCAUUACAUGGCAGAGGGGGAGGAGCAAGAGGAGGAGAGGCUAGCGGAGAACGCAGCGCCGUCCAAGAAGGCUUUUGAGCGAGUUCCCUCCUCAAGGUCGCAGCGGCAGCCUCCCCCCCGCACUCCGCAGCGACAGUCUCCCUUCCAGGACAUUGCGAACCCCGACGACCCGACCCUGUACCAGGAGGGAGCCAUAUGCAAGUUCCAGGUCUACCUGGGGCUGCGGUCGAUCAGCGGGAGGCUGAGCGGGCAUGCGCACUGCAAGCAGGCAGGUAGUAUCAUCCUGCGCGUCUCCAUCUUCGAGGAGGGCAAGGGGAUACAGCUUCCCUUCGACCUCUCCGACCACCCCGACCUGGACUUCCGCAAGGAGGACGGAGGGCAGCCGGCGAAUCCCCAGCAGAAGAGGAGCAACUUCUGGUGCUCGUCCUUGCUGGCUGACCUGGGGGACGAAGCUCUGCGGGUCAUGGAGGGAUGCAGUCUCAGCUGUUUCCCCCAUGACGUUCGCUCCUCCCUCCUGCUGGAAGUCUUCCAGGCGCGAGCAGGAGCGCAGCGGGCGAACCCGGUGGUGAAGGACGAGGACAUUCUUGUUGGCUGGGCCUCCCUGAGGCUGUUCAAGAAAGCUGGAGGGCAGGCGGAGGAAGAUGGAGAGAUUGAGCUGAACAACAACGAGCACGACCUUCUCCUCGCUGCUCCUCCUGUGGACCUCAAGCGCGACUUCCCCAAGGUCUUCAGUGUGCUGGCGAUGCAAGAGCAGCAGGCCAACCUCUACGGUCUGUCGGGGCUCCUCAGCCAUCAGGACAACUCCUCCGCUCGCCUUGAGCCUCCUCUCCCUCGGCUGUCGCUUCAGAUCGGCCCUGCCUCCUCCUUCCCCCUCUCUCUCCAGCAGAUGAACUCGAGCAUCGUCAGCAUCGUUCGCCUCCAGCGGCUCUUCCGGAAGCUCCGGGGCGUCCGCAUGUCCAGGGAGACUAUCUGGAACUUCCAGGACGCUCGUCCCUUCAUUCCACGUCCCCUCCCUCCUCCUCCCGUCGCUCUCUUCUCCUCAGUCGACGGCUUCCAGCUCUACAUCGACGCCGCUCGCUUCCUACCGGACAACGUAACCCUGACAGCCGUCGAGGCGUUUGUGACGGAUAGCGCCAUGAAGGAUUUCUACAGCAAGAUGAAGAAGGAGAUCGAUCCUCGUAGCCCCUCCCUCUCCUCCCCGAUCUUCAACGCCAGGAAAGAGAUCUGGAUCAAGGAAGGGAGCGAGUGGAACCCAACCUCUACCGUCCUGGUGCAGAUCAAUGCGCUGGAGCGGAGGAAGGAGACGUUCAGGACCAGCAUCGUCGGUUUCUCCGUCCUCAACGUCUUCGUUGACCCGACGACCAAGGAGCAGCCCAAGAGCGCGCAAGUGUCAGAGUUUGUCCUCAACGAAGGCUCCUUCCAGCUCCCCAUCUUCCGCUCCGGCGUCCCGCAGGGGCAGCCGCUCUCCUUGUCCUCCAUGGCGCGGUCGCCUCGGAGGUUCUGCUCCUCCCUCCUGGUGCGGAUCGUCAAGAGCGCGAGGAAAGGGCAGCGACAGCAGCAGGAGGAAGAGAAGGCGGAGACGGAGGGGAGGAUGGAGGCAAGGGGGGCCCUUGUAAAGCCUCAGCCCUACAGCCAGGGGGUCUACAGCAACGAAAGUCUCUGCGAACCCAGCGAGCAGGAGCUCCUCCUCUUCCCUCAGCGCUCGCUCCGAGGGCAGGAGCACCGCAUGUCCGUGCUCAGCUUCCUGCAGCAGCUGGGCGUUGCCUUGACCCCAGCAGAGCUGCAGGCCCUGGAGGACCUGAGAAGCUUCGACCCGGGCGUGUCCAGCGAGGAUUUCAAGAGCUUCCAGCUGAAAGUCCGCCAGGUCAUGAGCAGGUACAAGGGAAAGGGACUGGAGCUGGUGGACCCCAACACCUGCAUCGAGUACUCACCUCAGGUCGGCUUCUCCUUCAGUGUGGACGGGAUCGACAACUUGCCAUCCGACUUUGACUACGACGGCCUCCUCCUCCUCCUCUCCCACUUCCCGCACGGGAGCUUCUACCACAGCCAGGGCCACAUCCACAAGGAUCUCCGCUUCGUGUCGCUCCUCGACUACGACUCCGAUGCCCGCAGGCCUCGCUUCUUGGACGGGCUCCUCUCUUUCCACCUCGAGCUCGACGCGCGCGAGCUGAGCACCUGCGACCUCUGCAUGCUGGUGGACGUGCGGGUCCUGAUCAACUCGUACAAGCUCAAGGGGACGCUGGGGCAAAAGAAGAAGAAAACGGAGCAGGUGACGGUGAAGCAGUUGGGGUUCGGAGUGCUUCCCCUGUUUCAUCAAGGUCGCUUCCUCGAGUCCGCCAACUUUCAGCUCCCGAUCUUUGCUCAUGGAGCCGACCAGGAGCAGCUCAACAGCAAGUCUGCCUACAUCUACAACCAGAAGUUCAAGGAUCUUAUCCUCUCGCAAGUUCCCACCAGCUCCAUGCUCGAUCGCUUCGACGCGCUGGCAGGGGAGGCGGAAUACCCCUACACUGUGCUGGAGAAGUUGGAGACGGAGGGAGGGGUUCACACGAUCCGAGGGUGCUCGCUUCUCUGCCGCCUGGAGGACGGGACCCGAGCAGGAGAUUUCAACAAGCCCUUCUCCGUGGAUUCUUAUCCUCGCAAGAUCGAGCAACGAUACCUCCGCAAGAACAGGUGCCUCCUCCUCCAGUAG